UUUUCUUAUUUUCUGGUCUGGAGAGAGAAAGGAGCGGGGACGUAACUUGGCAAAAAGAACCAGUUGAAUUUCAACAGUGAAGUGUGAGAAAAUGUCUGUUCAUCAGCUUAGGAAUAUGAAGAUACUUUUAGGCCAAGUUAUUGGUACGAAGAUGAGGAAGACAGCCAAAGUUCGAGUAGAGCGUUUGGUUUUGGACGAAUACGUAAUGCAGUACUAUCCAAAAAGGAUGACCGUCUUUGCUCAUGAUGCUCAGCAACAGGCCAAGGAAGGUGACAUUGUCCUGGUGAAAAAGCUUCCUAUACCGCGGUCCAAAAAUGUCAAGUACGACAUGGAACAGAUCAUCUACAGUCUUGGCAACGUGACAGAUCCGAUUACGGGCAAGAAAUGUGAUGCGUUCUCAUACUGGGAGGACUCCGAGUCUAUGGAGGAUGUGAUAAAUGGAGGAGAUGCAGAAGGAUCUGUCGACAGACUCUCAAGUGAUGGACAGGAGAAAGACUUAAUAGAUAGCAAGCAGAGACAGAUGGAUGGAACACCUGUAUGAUGUUGGAUUUAUCUCUGAGAAAAGUCAAUGAAUACUCCAGACAGUUUAUAAAACAAUUGUAUGUUGUGGGUUAAAUCAGCGAAAGGUUUAACUCCGGCUGUUGGUUGUGACAUUUUUGCGGAAAAGAAAAACUCACUUUUGCAGAUUGUCCUCCCUUUGCAGUGGUGUGCAGGCCAUUUGCUAUUUAAAACACCAGUGACGAGACAAAAUGAUCUCCAAUCGAACCAAGCACAGAAGUUGUCCGUCUAGUUCAGUGAAGAAAAGCAUCCCUAAAAGAUAGCCAUAUUUUCUUUGGACCAUGAACUACAAAGAUCAAAGUUCACCUGUUUUAUGAUCUAAGAACUUGAUGUAGUUCCAAUCAGCUGUAAUGUUUCUCAUGAUUUUUUCAUAAUCUUGUGCAGCAGUGUAUGCUAUGGUGGAACUGAAUAAACCUUCAGCUCGCAAUAUUUCAACAGCAAAAUACAUGCAAAUGAGCAUAAAGAGACUUUGAUUUACAUUUGUUUUCUGUUCCCCUUUACUCACAAUAUCAGGGGAUUCUCAGAAAUUAGGUGAGGUUUGCGAUAGCACCAGGUGUAAAUCUCUUUUUAGUAGUGUUGGUUUUAAAAAGAAUGAUUCGGUGGUUGACAACGCUGAUGGUUGACUCUGAUGAGACCUUUUCAGAACCAACACUAUUCUAAAGAGAUUUACACAAGGUGCUAACGCAAACCUAACCUAAUUAUACUUCCUCCAUGCAAAGUUUGAAAUUCAACCAAUAGACCGAUCCAUUAAGCUCCGCCCCAUUGCGUAUUUACCUAUCACAACGCAACGCAGGUCGACAAAUAAGGUCCGACAUGCGUGCGCGUAUGCUUGGCGUGCACGGCAGAUUGUGCAGAAAGGAAUUGGAGAGGCUCACGUGUUCUUGCUCACACGUGCGUCGUGGGCGGAGCCUAAUGGAUCGGUCUAUUCUCAGAAAUAACGGGCGACAACCAAAAGAUCAGCCUACCAAUGUGAUGUGAUAUAUUCUCUAUGUUGGGAAAAUAUACUCUAAAACUCAAGGCCUCAAUUGGGUGUUAUUUGACAGCUCUUCUCAUCUAUUUGAUGUGCAAUGAAACCCAGUUUCUCGUGUCACUGUGAGAAUUGCCUCGAUUAAUGAAACAAAUUAAGUUAACUUUCGCAUGUUAGCUUUUGUCUCGGCAUUCUUAAAAAGGCACUGGACACUAUUGGUAAUUACUCAAAAUAAUUUUUAGCAUAAAAAACUUAUUAGGUAACGAGCAAUGGAGAGCUGUUGAACAGUGUUGAUAGUACAUGUGUAAAACUUUGAGAGAAACGGCUCCCUCUGGAGUAACGUAGUUUUUGAGAAAGAAGUCAUUUCUCUUCAAAAUAUUUUAACUGAA